UGUAAUACAAACGAAUGAGUGCGCAACACAUACGUAGCCCCGCCCACUUAAAUCUGUCAGACGAUAUUUGCGGAAGUAACCCGGAAAUAGUCAAGCUAUCAUUCGUUAGCAUAAACCUUUUAGCACCUUCACCGGCAAAAUGAACGCUCCUUUGAAAUAAGAGACUCAACAUAAAUACUCCUACACAAGAUAUCGUCAUUACCCGCCUCGAAAGAAGACCAAGCGUGAAAACAUUUAUACGCAGGAUAAGGCAUUUCUUGAGCCGGAAGACUGAAUGGAAAACAGCAGGAUCAGGAGCGAAGCCGAACCGGACCGGUCCAGGCCGAGUCGAGAUACGAGGGACAGUUGCGUUCAGACAGACAGCAGAGCACAAGGUCAUGGCCCCAGGUUAUCUAAGGUAAACCUGUUCACCUUACUGAGUUUGUGGAUGGAGCUUUUCCCUCAGGAGCAACCUGAGGAUGAUGGUCAAAGCCAGAUCAAUGGCGUGGGUCUGGUGGUGGUGCGGGACAGUAAGGUGGUGGGACUUCAUUGUUCAGGUGCUGAACUCCACGCAGGACAGGCCGCCAUCCUUCAGCACGGAGCCCGCUUGUCAGACUGCCAGCUGUACUUCUCAAGGAGACCCUGUGCUACCUGCCUUAAGAUGAUCAUCAAUGCUGGCGUCAGUCAGAUCUCCUUUUGGCCCGGGGACCCUGAGGUGAGCGUGUCGAGGUCAAUGGCAUCUACACAGAACCACUCCCAGUCCCAUAAUUCAGCUGACUGCAUCACUGAGGCGGCGCUGGACGCCCUGGCAGCAGACAAGCUCAAGUCCAACAGCCGUGCUCAUAUCUGUGUGCCGCUGCAGCCACUGGCACCUGGCCUGGCACAGUUUGUGGAGGAGACGUCCAGAGAGUGUGAUUUCAUGGAAAGAGUGACAGAUGAUGAUCCAGGGGUGGACAAAGAUCAGCUCUUCAACAGAGAGCGAACAAGACACCUAAAGGAUUUCUCCAGACACUUCCUGGUGGUUACGUCUCAGCAGCACCAGCACAUUUUGACCCACAUGGGCCUGGAGAACUUCUGUAUAGAGCCCUACUUCUCCAGUCUGAGGUACAAUAUGAAGGAGCUGGUGCAGGUUCUGGCUGCAGUGGCUGCAGGGGUGCCGCCACAACAACAACAACAACACAACUAUGGCUUCUACAGGGAGGGGUCAUCACCAGUCAAAUCCUUGACAUCUCCUCAGCAAGAGGGACUCUCCCAGGAAGUGGCUCGUCAUUGCAUCAUCCAGGCCAGACUACUGGCCUACAGAACAGAGGACCCCAAAGUGGGUGUGGGUACAGUCAUUUGGGCCAAAGGACAGUCGGCUGGCUCUGUUCAGACGGGGGGUCUGUACCUGAUCGGCUGCGGUUACAACGCUUACCCAGCAGGCUCACAGUACGCAGAGUACCCACAGAUGGACAACAAGCAGGAGGACAGGCAGAGACGCAAAUACAGAUACAUCGUCCACGCCGAGCAGAACGCCCUCACUUUCAGGACUCGAGACAUCAAAUGGGACGAGCCGACCAUGCUGUUUGUAACUAAAUGCCCAUGUGACGAGUGCAUCCCUCUGAUCAAAGCAGCCGGCAUCACACACAUCUACACCACAGACCAGGACCGGGACAAGGACAAGGGAGACAUUUCCUACCUGCAAUUUGGCAGCCUGAAGGGAGUCAGCAAGUUCGUAUGGCAGAGGAGCCCUUCAGUGUCCUCACCGUCCUCUCCUUACCUCGCCAAUGGUUAUGGCAGGAAACACAGUAGACAGACUGAGCAAGAGAGCCACUGCAGUAAGAAGCUCUGCAACAGAUCCCAUGACUCACCUCCUGUCAGCUGAAAGACACACACGGGUGAAUAGACUGAUGGAUGGACUUACCAAAAAAACACUCAAAAAAACACA